GGGACAUCUGCUCUUGGUUAUUUUUGUGUGAGCUGCUUCCCCUUAAAUGUAUGUUCACAAAUGAGCCAUAGCCUUAUCAUCUGGGGUUGAGGGAAGACUUGUCUAGGUGCUGCUCCCGAGCUUGGUCUCUGAGCCAUGGCUUCUCAUCGACACUCAGGUCCCUCCAGCUAUAAGGUGGGCACCAUGGCUGAGAAAUUCGACUGCCACUACUGCAGGGACCCUUUGCAGGGGAAGAAGUAUGUGCAGAAGGAUGGCCACCACUGCUGCCUGAAGUGCUUUGACAAGUUCUGUGCCAACACCUGUGUGGAGUGCCGCAAGCCCAUUGGCGCAGACUCCAAGGAGGUGCACUACAAGAACCGCUACUGGCACGACACCUGCUUCCGCUGUGCCAAGUGCCUUCACCCCUUGGCCAGCGAGACCUUUGUGUCCAAGGACAACAAGAUACUGUGCAACAAGUGUGCCACUCGGGAGGACUCCCCCAAGUGCAAAGGGUGCUUCAAGGCCAUUGUGGCAGGAGACCAGAACGUGGAGUACAAGGGCACUGUCUGGCAUAAAGACUGCUUCACCUGCAGCAACUGCAAGCAAGUCAUCGGGACCGGAAGCUUCUUCCCGAAAGGGGAGGACUUCUACUGCGUGACUUGCCACGAGACCAAGUUUGCCAAGCACUGCGUCAAGUGCAACAAGGCCAUCACAUCUGGAGGAAUCACUUACCAGGAUCAGCCCUGGCAUGCCGAUUGCUUUGUGUGUGUUACCUGCUCUAAGAAGCUGGCUGGGCAGCGUUUCACCGCUGUGGAGGACCAGUAUUACUGCGUGGAUUGCUACAAGAACUUUGUGGCCAAGAAGUGUGCUGGAUGCAAGAACCCCAUCACUGGGUUUGGUAAAGGCUCCAGUGUGGUGGCCUAUGAAGGACAAUCCUGGCACGACUACUGCUUCCACUGCAAAAAAUGCUCCGUGAAUCUGGCCAACAAGCGCUUUGUUUAUCACCAGGAGCAGGUGUAUUGCCCUGACUGUGCCAAAAAGCUGUAAACCGACAGGGGCUCCUGUCCUGUAAAAUGGAGUUGGCAUCAUGUUCUUUGUGUCCUUGCUCUCUCUGCCCUACACCAUCAAUAGGACAAGAGUGGUCUUUCACCUCUUAAAGUUGUUCCUUGUCUCUUCUCCCAUUUUACAGUAUUACUCAAAUAAGGGCACGCAGUGAUCAUAUUCGUAUUUAGCCAAAAGCAAAGUUGCAGCAAAGUUAAUUUCUCUAUAGCUGCAAUGAAGAAACGAAAAUUUAGAUAGAUUGACUCUUCUGCAUGUUUAUCAUAGAGCAGAAAAGUGCUGACCAUGUAGCCACUUCGUGAUGUAAGCAAGAAGCAUAAGCGACAAAGCCCCCACUGAGAUGCCUUUUGCGGCUCAGCUGGGACCCACCAUGUAGUCAGAAGACAUGCAAGAGUUGUAGCGGCUGCUCCAACUCACUGCUCACCCUCUUGGGUGGGCAGAAAAAGAACUUGUCAGAAUGCAUGGUUUAGUUUCCUAGUUAAAACUCUGACCCUCCUUCUGUUCUUUUGUGCUUUUACAUGACUAACAAGAAUUUCCAGAAAAUUAACAUUUGGACUUAGCUGUAAUUUUCAAUUGACCAUCUUCCCACACUGGUAUUCGCUUCCCCUGUGUGGCAUGUGUUCUGAGCGUUCCUGCUUCGCAGCGAGGGAGUGUGCGAGCAGAUCUGAGAAAACGAGCGUCCUUCAGAGCAGCAGCAUCACAGCGAAUACUUCUGGAAGCUUAACAAAACUAACCCUGCUAUCUUUUCUAUUUUUUUAAUUAAUGAUAUUUUUGUUUUAAUUAAUAGUAAAAUAGUUUAUGGGUUUGGAAACUUGCAUGACAAUAUGUGGGCCCCUCAGACAGUCCUGCAGUUUUGAGAUUCAUCCUUCAGAAGUGUCUGUAAAACUCUAGAGGGGUAGCUGAGCAGGUGCCAGGGCUGUCAUUAAUGUGGAGCUGACAUUUUGAAACCGUGAUGCGUUGAAUCCCUUGUAACAUAGUAGUUGUCUGCUCCUCGUCUGUGUGUUCGAGAGGGCUGCAGAGUCCCUUCUGUUGUGAUUCCUAGGACUUCUCAGGAGCUUAGCUGGCUCUCUGGGGAAGUGGGGAGGCCCCCGUCCUCACAGGCAGAACCGAACCUCCACCGCCUGCUUCCCUGAGAUGCAGGAACACCUACUUACUGUAUUCUCCAUUGUUAUAUCGCAUAGUAUCACAAGACAGUAUCCAAAGUACACAUGUAAUGACAGUACAUAUCCAUGUUCUCGUAGGAGUGGUUGUAGAAGCCGAUGCCUCAUUUCUACCUUUUGUCAUUAGCUCUUAUUAUCGAAUGUUUCAGUGUAUCCGUACAGAAAUAAAGCAGCAUAGAAAUAA